AUGGCAAAUAUCGAAGUUGCCAGAAGUUACAGUCAUCAUUUGCAGAUCAAUAGCCAGGAUCAAUACCUACCACAUGUCAAACUGAUGUUUCUUAUACUGAUAAUGCCAGGUGGAAUGGCCAUAUUCCACAUCUAUACACCACAAGCUGAGAUCAGUGCCUCUCUUCACUCAGAUGUUCUUCUGCCCUGCUUCUUCAGCCUGGCCAAUAGUAAAAAUGAACUGAAAUACGUUAUUGUCACCUGGAAAUGUAAUGGAGUGAGAAUUGCACAAUACAUGAAUGGGGAAGUGAAGUCCUCCAGCAGAGCAGAAAUGUUAGAAAAUGAUCUGGAGAUGGGCAAUGCCUCUUUGAUCCUCAGAAAUGUCAACCUUAAUGAUAAAGGUGACUAUGAGUGUCAGGUGUAUGAAGUUCCAAACUUAGGAAAAGUGAAUAUGUCACUUAAAGUUACAGCUGCUCCACAAGUCUUCCUAAAGCCUCCUGAAAUUGCUGUUGACAGGAUUAAACUCCUAGAGUGCCAUGUAGUGGGCUUCUACCCUGAAAACAUCUCUGUGGAAUGGUGGUCACAUUCAAGACCCCUCUUUAACAUGACACCUUUGCUGGUGUACCAGAAUCCAGAUGGCACCUACAGUACAGUGAGACACCUCAAUUACACAUCACUUGGGAUGAACGUCAGUGAAAAGUUGUCCUGCCAGGUGACUCAUGAGUCUCAGGAAGGAAAGCCAAUUAAAAUCCCAUUGCAGAUCUGUAAGCCAGUCUUGACGUUGUUCCCCCAGACUGUGUCCACAGAAGGAAAGCAUGAUAGUGUGUGCCAACUGAAAGGCUGCUUCUUUAGUAAGGCUGUUAUCAGAUGGAUUCACAAAAACACUACUAUAGCAAAAUACACAUGCAUGGACGCAAGGGUGUGUGGGAGCAAAGUAGUCCUCACAGUUUCCAUAACAAAGGACAAGAUGAUGGAAGAUCGAGGGGCGCUCUUCUGUGAGGCAAAAAUAAAAGACUUUGACAUGCUUCUCACUCAGCCUGUCACUUUUGCACAUAAAGAAAAUGGAAGCAUGCUUGCUUAUAUAUUACCUGUGGUAAAUGGAGUAGGACUUUCUCUCUUGGUUUGUCUUGCAUGCCUGAUGUAUUGCAACCCAUGUAAAAUGAGCAGAGAGCGGUCAAUUUACAGCCAGCACAAAACUGCAAAAUGGAGUUCAUAUAGCAGUGAGGUUACCACAGAAACUCAAUUACUGUGAAAUAUCAAUUUAAGAAGAUAUAAGAAGUUCACAACGUUGCCCAAGUGGAGCGUAUGUUCUUCCCAUGUCUGCAUAGGUUUACUCAGCAGUUGACCCAAUACUGUAAAUAAGUUGAACUUCAACAUGUGUACCAUGGAGUAGAAGAAGAUCGAUGAAUCAAGGACUUUAACUUUUUUUUUUUCAAAACUCUACCACUAAUUAUCAAAUGUUUCCAAGACAAUAAAGAGCAGAAACAUGACAUUGUCAACAAUGGUCCAUAUAGUUAAUGCUGUGGUGCUUCCAGCAGUGAUAUAUGGGUAUUAGAGUUUGACCUUCACUAAAGCUGAAUGUAAAAGAAACAAUGCUUUUGAACUUUGGUGCUUCACAAAACUGCCGAGGUUUCCUUGGACAGCAAGAAGAUUUAACAAAGCAGUUCUUGAAGAAAUACAACUAGAGUUCUCAUUGGAAGCCAUGAUUGUCAAAGAAAAACUCAAAUACUUUGACCACUUAGUGAGAAGACAAUACCUCUUUGAGAGAAAUCUAAUGUUGUCAAAAUUUGGAGCAAAAGGAGAA